AUGAACUGCUUGAAACUGUGUCGACUUUUUUCUAACUCCCCCCCCCCCCUCCGUGAGCGAACAAAAAAAUUUUGUUCGCUCACGGAGGGGGGUUAAUUUUUUUUUUUAAAAAAAAUUUAUAUAUAAAUUUUAUAUAAAAAAUAUUUUUUUCGAAAUUUAAAAAAAUCCUAAUUUGCAAAAAUUGGGAAGCAAAUAUUAAUUUAAUUUGCAAAAUUUAUGUUUUAAAACGCAAUUUGUUUAAAAUUAAACAGAAUUAGCUCUAGAUUUCAUUAUACUAAUUAUCACUUAUAUAUCAAAAUUUUUUUCCAUUAAAAAUUUUUUCUAUUAAAAAAAUUUUUGUUCACUCACGGAGGGUGGGUUUUUGGUCAAAAAAUGGCGAUUUUUCUAAUGGUUUUGUUCGCUCACGGAGGGGGGGGGGGAGUAAGGCACACAAACUUGCUGAGCCGAUUGAGAACAUUAAGUCAAUGAUUUUCACUAUUGCAAACGAUAGACCAGGCCAGCUUAAAGACGCGCUUGAAGCCUUUGCAGCAUAUAACGUCAAUAUCUCUCACAUCGCAUCCAAGCCUGCUGAAAUCCUUGACUUCAGAAAAGGCUAUGAUUUCAAGGUUGAUAUAGAAGUGAGUGAUGAGGCCAAACUGAAAAGGGUGCUCAAACAUCUAGACAAACUUGGAUUUAAAACGACAAUACUCAACAGCAAACAAGUCCCUUGGUUUCCUAGGUCUUUUGAAGACCUGGAUAGUCUAGAUCAAGCCUGCAUGGCAGCUGGUGCCGAAUUAGAAAGCACGCAUCCAGGCUUUAACGAUCAAACUUAUAGACAGCGAAGAGCUGAAAUAGCAAAAGUUGCAAUGGGAUAUAAGCUUAUUCCCCUCUGUGAGCUAGCAAAAUGCAUUUGCUCGUUAAUUUUUUCUACUAAUCUAAAUAUAGAAAUUUAAAGGAGAAAUGUUAUAAUUUAUAAUUAGUGAGGUUAAGUUAUAAUAUAGCUCGAAACCCAUUUAUAUCGCUAAAACAAUACUUUAAGAGAUAAAGUAUCGAUCCUACAAGCCAAAAUAGCAAUAAAAAUUACGAUUACAGAAAAAAAUUGACAAAUUUUAUCAAUAGAUAGUUUUGUCAAUCCGAGCAUUAACUUACCAUGAAAAAAAAAUUUCUAAUUUUUACUCUGGCUUUUCAGAUCUCUAUUUCAUUUCUUUAUGUAUAUGCAUUUUAUAUACUAAAACAUUUUUAUAUUUAAAAUUUUUAUAUUAAAAGAUUUUGCUCCUUCAGGUGAGGCUAAAUUUCAAAAAAUUUGGAUUUUUCAAUAGUUUUACUUCUUAAGAAGGGGUUUAGCGACCCAAAAGUCCCAAUUGUGCAUUAUACUGAUCAAGAAAUCGAAACCUGGCAGACUGCAUAUAGAGCUUUGGAUCCUUUGCACAAAGCCCAUGCUUGCGAUGAGUAUAACACAGCUGUUGAAGAAUUCAGAAAGCACUGUAACUUCCGAGAAGACAAUAUUCCUCAGCUGCAAGAGAUAAAUGAAUAUUUAAUCCCUAAAACAGGAUUUAGACUGAAGCCAAUAACUGGCUUAUUGACCCAGAGAGAUUUUCUUAACUUUUUAGCAUUUAGAGUCUUCGCUUCAACUCAAUAUAUAAGACACCACUCAGUGCCUUUUUAUACCCCAGAACCUGAUAUCAUUCACGAACUGAUAGGGCAUGCUCCAUUAUUUGCAGACCCAGACUUCGCUGAUUUCUCUCAAGAAAUUGGCCUAGUUUUACUGUAUAAUUAGAUAUGACAUCUCGGCUUGGACAUGGCGAGAGGGUCAUACAGUCUCGAGGACAUAUUUAAUUAUAUCAGGCAAGAUUCUGAAACCCAGAACUGACAGCUAUCCUAUGUAAGCAACUCCAGUGGUGUGUGGAGUCUAGGCUUCGUCCGGAUUUUAACUCGUGGAAAAGGGUGGGCUCAGAGUUGGUAAGGGGAAGCUACAGGCAUGGUUAGGCAAAUCGGACAACUCCUAGGGGCCACACCCUGGGCUUUAAGUUUUCUUUUAGCCGAGAGUCAUCCAGAAAUUCCAUUUUUUUGAGCUUUCUGAGUAGACAACUCACAUGCAGGGAAUAAAAUAGUUCAUUCAUGAGCUCUUAGGGUUUUAGCAUCACCUCAAAGUGUACAGCUAUGAUCAAAGCAGGCUGGUCAGCGGUCUGUGAGCCCUUAUAUGCCAGGAAGGAGAAAUCUACGGAAUGAGGUGAUCCCGUAGCGGAAGUAAAAAGUUUAUAACUCCCCCCCCCCCUCCGUGAGCGAACAAAAAAUUUUUGUUCGCUCACGGAGGGGGGUUAAAUUUUUUAUUUUUUAAAAAAAAAUUAUAUAUAAAUUUUUAAUUGUAAAAUAAUAUUUUUUUAUAAGUUGAAAAUUAUUUUAAAAAUAUUAUGGGGGGAGAGUAAGGGAAUUUCCCAAAAAAAAAAGAAUACCAUUUGAUUAAAGGUAAAACACAGCUUAAUUUUUCAAUAAUUUAAUAAUCAAUAAACCUAUUAGUAAUAAAUAUAUGCAUUCAGUUAAAAUAUUUUAUAUAUUUUCUUAUUUAAUAUAAUAAGCAAAUUCUCUAUAAAUCAUAAUAAAAAUGUACAAAGGGAAAAGAAAGUACAUUGAAAUUUGGCAGAAAGUUGAAAUUGCUGAAUUUUACAUUCAUCACAAAAUGAGAUGAGCAUGAGAGAUGUUGCUGCAAAGUUUCAUGUCAACUCCUUUAGCUCGAUUUCCGAAUGGGUGAAUAAGCUUGAUGAGUUGAAGAAAUCAGUAAAAUCUGAUAAAAAAUUAAAAUUAGAAAGCUUCACUCAAUUUCCAGAGCUAGAGAAAGAACUAGUUCAUUGGUUUACUGCAAUCCGUGAGCAAGGUAUUCAGGUUCUCAGAUCAACGAUUUGAGGAGAAAGCAAAAAGUUUGGCGGCAGAAAUGGGAUUGGCGCGAUUCGGCUGUGGAGAUAAAUGGUGGCAAGGAUUUAGGACCAGAAAUAAUUUAUCUUUCAGAAAAAUCAAUGCCUCAAGCAUUAAGCCAAUCGAAAAAGAGGCAGAACUUGUCAGGCAAUACCUAGAUGAUUUAGCGUCAUUGCUUCCUCAAUUCGUUCCAUCUAACAUUUACAAUUUCGAUGAAACGAGAUUUGAUUGAGAUGUAAAAAGCAAGUUCACUUAUGAUUUCAAGGGAACUCAACGAAAUUCUAGGCGUUCAAUCAGCUAAAAUGAACCAUUUUAUCACUGUUAUGCUUAUGAUUAGAGCUGAUGGAGAAAAAAUGCCUGCUUUGCUCAUUUUUCAAGAGAAAAAUGGCCAGAUCCCGAACCUUGUAAGAGAAAGACUGAAUAUUCCAGAAAAUGUCAUCAUAAAAUCAAAUAAAUCUGGCUACAUUUCUGACCAGAUUCUUAAUGACUACCUCAGAACAAUAUUGAGACGAGAAAACCAACUGCUGAUUUAUGAUCAGGCUGGAAGUCAUAAAACUAUCAUGAUUUCUAAUGCAAUUUCAGAUUUAGAUGCAACCAAAAUUGUGAUCCCUGGAGGGUGCACAAAGUAUUUGCAACCACUUGACGCACUGGUAAUUGCAAAUUUCAAAUCAAAAACAACAGAUUUCAGAAUCAAAUUCCAAACAGAGCAGAUUGAAAGAAGAUCGAAAAGAACUGGAAAACCUCAAAGCUCUUGAUCGCCAGCAACUGAUAAACAUUGCUUCAAAGGCGUGAGAUGCUGUAAGCCCUCAACUUGUCAGAAAAUCAUUUGAGUUGACGGGUUCUUAUGGCGUUAAUCAUCCAAAGAUUUUCAGCCAUCAAGUUAAUAUGAAGAAGUUAAUUAUCUAAUCGAUUUCUUCUAUUCAUUUUUUUGUCUUAAAUUUAAAAUUGUUAAAUUCAAACCUUUUCACUUAUGGUAUUCUUUUUUUUAACCCUUUGAAUAAUAUAUCAAACAAACUUAAUAAUUAUUUUUCAAUAUUAUCCUCUUUAUUUGUAUUAAAUAUAGAUAUAAUAAACUAUAUAUAAAAUUAUAUGUAAAAAAAUUUUUUGUUCGCUCACGGAGGGUGGGUUUUUGACCAAAAAAUAGGGAUUUUUCUAAUGGUUUUGUUCGCUCACGGAGGGGGGGGGAGUAAGCAAUUAAUGUUAAUAGCCUAGCUUCACUUGGAGUCAGUGAUGAAGAAAUCGCUAAACUCGGGACUUGCUAUUGGUAUUCUGUAGAAUUUGGCAUAAUUAAAAAGAAAAACGGAGAAAGAAAAGUGUAUGGAGCUGGAAUUUUAAGCUCAGUUGAUGAGAUUAAAAAUGCAGUCUCUGAUAAACCUGAGAUCAGGUUUUUUGAGCCUCUUAAAGCAGCUCACGUUCCAUUUCCAAUCACCUCUCUGCAGCCACUUUACUAUUGGUCGAACAGCUUUGAAGAAGCUAAGAUGGAAAUGGAAGAUUAUGCUUGGAAAGUGCCAAGAGAUGUUUCAGUUUCUUAUGAUAAGUUUGACCAUACGAUAAAGGUGCACCAAGACAUUACCAUGAAGAAGUAUGCUAGCUAAAAUAAAUAUACCAUUAUUUAUACGAGAAUAAAAAUCAAUAUAUCUUAGCCUAUUGGCAUAA